CUGUCAUUGUCUCUGCUCCGAGCACUUUUAACUAUGUCUAUCAUUUCAUGGUUGCCCAAGUACACCGUAUGUGAUGCUGAUAUAUUUAGGAGGCGGGAUUCGCACUUCUGCUUGGAAACUUAUUCAAGCUCAACACAUACCCAUUCUUACAUAUUCAGUCUUUUCUUCCGCCUCUCCAACAGUGCUCUAGCUAUAAUUUCCUGUCAUGGAGCCCGUACCCAUCGCUACCCAAAACCAGGAAGAGAUGCUUCGGUAUAACUUAGCAAGCCCCCCCGAAGGGAUUUCGUCUUGGGCGACUGCGAGGCCAGACUCUAUGCCUCUACCGGAAGCUGCCUCAAUGGGCUUUCAAUCUACCAUUCAAUCUGUCCCUAAAGCUGUACCUGUCUGGGGAGGUACAGUGUCAGGCCCUCCUACCACGGAUCCCAGGCUGGAUCCUGCGAUGAACUGGGGUUUUCAAGGGCCUCCUCAGCCUCAUGUCCAUCAGCAUAACGGGAUCCCUAUUGGAUUGCCUACACAAUACCUCGAUCUUUCCGUUCCCUCGGCCCAGCCCUCGCUGCAGCCUCAGGCCCUUUUGAUGAACCCGUCCGAGAACCUUGCAACGCAUCAGUCAUCCCAGCAGGCCUUGACCCCGAAUCACUUACUCGAUACACUCGCCCCUACCGUUCGUUAUUACUGCAAAUGGGAGCGCUGCCAAAACCUCGCCGGCUUCAAACGGCUGUCUGAGAUUCUUCGUCACAUCAAGGAGAUUCAUCUUGCCCCCGACGCGUAUACCUGUCCCGUAGAUGGGUGUGGCAAGACCUUCAACCGGGCCGAACGUCUAAGGCAUCAUGAACGAACCCAUCGGCCUCGAAUCCAACCUCCUGUUCCAGGCCUACGCUUUUAAAUCGCACUACAAUCCGGCUCCUUGCCCACUAGUCGAUAUAUGAUGUGUCGACAUUUUCUUACUUGGUUAUCUCUUCUUUACACGUACUUUAUACCUUCAUGCUGAGCGCUACUAUGUAUAACUAAUGACAAAAUCUCGGGUUUCUCUUCGCUAUCGUACUUG